GGUGAAAUCUUUGUUGUUAAUAACCAGUAUGUUACACACAACGCGGGCAAUAUUAACAGAAGGGGUUUUCAUACAUUUGAGUAAAAAAGACUUCCUCCAGGAUGCUUUUAUUCACAAUAGAUUUAAAGUAUGAAACUUGGUUUUGAUAAAGGGAAUUCAAUGCAUGCACUUGAAGCCUUUUAUUCAAGCAAUGUUCUAGAAGGCGACGACUACCAAGGUUAUUUUUUUGUAAGGCGACUUUUACAAGAAUGGCUUCCAGGUUGCAGGUUGCACAAACCUGCUGCAGAGGACCUUCGAUCCGUGCUAGCUGCUAUGCUAACUCGUCCGGCACAAAUUGAGCUAUGUAAUGGUUCAAGAAAGCAAACUUUGAUAGCAAUGCACCUUUUUUUUUUUUUUUUUUUGUCUCAUAAUGUGAGUGACGGACUGGCGUUGGCCCGGGGACUCCUUUCCGGUUGCAAAGUUCGAGCAAAGACGAGUUCGCGAUUGGAGGCGGCGUCUCUCCUAAUCGUCGGUUUCGCCACUGGCUCCCUGGAUUCCAUUCCGGCUUUUACUUUCCCAGUGAGCCGUUCCGUCCCACUCUGGACUUCCCUGUGACUUGCAAAGAGUGCAUUCAGCCAGUUCAGAAUUGAAGCGCACAGUCAAGCGCGCAGGUUCGGAGCCCGGAUCUCCACUCCUCUUUAUUCCCCCCCCCCGCCCCCAUCUGUUGAUGCAGUCCAGGCGGGUCACGGCACGCAGAAGAGAAGUGUGAUUUCGUCCCGGGAAGACGGUCCCAGUUCGGCGGGCGGGAGGAGAGAAGGACCUUUUGUUGCCCCCUAUCCCCAGCAGUUGGAGCCUGUGCGGGGUCGGAGGAAAAUGGGAUCUCGGAUGUGUGGAGUUCUAGCUUUGUUACUCUCAUGCCAGCUGGUCACUGUCACACAGGCCUCCAAGGUAUGGGGAGAGGUCCCUUUGCCAGAUGACUUAGUGGAGCGGAGGGCGCUGCCGAGUUUACUGGCCGAUGACGAGGAUUUCGUUGCUGAUGAAGCUUCUGGAGAUCUCCCCAGUGGCGAGGAUGGAGGAAGUGCAACACAGCCUCCAGUCUUUGAGAGCACAAUUUAUUACAGAGCUCUUGUCAACUUCACUGACUCCAUCAUCUACAGCGCAGAACUGGAGGACAUCUUCUCACCGGCCUUUAAUGAGAUCUCAGAAGCUGUGGUGGACACGUUGGAGUCAGAGUACAACAGGAUUCCAGGUGUCCAGACAGUCAGCGUGGUUCUCAUUAAGAAGAUAGUCAGAGAGGACGGCGUUGACGUCUUUGUAGAACUGGACGUAGGCUCGGAUUACAACGGCAACAGUGAACAGAUCCGAAGCGUGUUGUACAGCGUGGUUCAGAAUGGAGCGAUUGCUUCCUAUGUCACAUCAGUGCAAGGCUUCCAGUUCAGGGAGCUCGGUGAAGUUCGACCUCUGCCCUCACUGGACCCGAUAGCAGUGCCAGUAAUACCUGGCAUCAGGGCGUGCAUGCCAGAUGAGCACAGGUGUGGUGACGGAACAUGUAUCCUGUUGGAAUACCUGUGUGACAAUCGACCAGAUUGCCGCGAUAUGAGUGAUGAGAACAGUUGUGAUGAACGAAAGCCCAUUGCAACCACACCGCCUCCCAUCACCACCACCGCCAUAAUUAAACCUCCACAGCCCGUCAUUCCAGGAGUCUGUAGAGCAGAUCAAGCAAAAUGCCAGAGCGGAGAGUGUAUCCCUCGAGACUACAUCUGUGACGGGGAGAGAGACUGCUUGGACGGAAGUGACGAAUUCCUAUGCGGAACUCCGUCGCCAUGCGAACCCAAUGAGUUUAAAUGUAAAAACGGUCGUUGUGCCCUCAAGCUGUGGCGUUGCGAUGGAGACAAUGACUGCGAGGAUAACUCUGAUGAGCUAGACUGCCCCACCAAGGGUCCAAACGACAGAUGUGCCCCUGAGCAGUUUGAAUGCCUAAGCGACCGCUCUUGCAUCCCAGCUAGUUACCAAUGUGACGAGGAGCCGGACUGCCCCGACCGCUCAGAUGAAUACGGCUGCAGCCCUCCCUCUGUGACAAACCCACCAGAAGAAUCCAUUCAAGUUGCCCGGGGAGCUACAGUAACAUUCACUUGUCAAGCUGUUGGAGUGCCAACACCUAUCAUAACCUGGAGGCUGAACUGGGGUCAUAUCCCUAUCAGUGGCAGAAUCUCCAUGACCAGUGAGAACGGGCGUGGCACUCUGACAAUCCGUGACGUGAAGGAGGCUGAUCAGGGGGCCUACACUUGCGAGGCCAUCAACGCAAAAGGGCUGGUGUUUGGUAUUCCCGAUGGGGUUCUAACACUUUCCUCCAGUCCGAAUCCAGACAACUGCCCAGAUGGUCACUUCAGUGUCGAGGGCCGUUGUGUUUCCUGCUUCUGUGCUGGAAUCACCAAGAAUUGCAAAAGCACUGGACGCUACCGUAAUCAGAUCAGUCUCCGUUUCACAGAGGAGGAAGACUUUAAAGGUGUGAAUGUCACCUACCCGUCCAGGCCAGGCACUCCGCCUCUUUCUUCCACUCAGAUCCUCAUCAACCCCGAGAUGGAAGAAUUCCAGCUUGUUGAUUUGUCACGUCGCUUUCUCAACCUGGACUCUUUCUGGACCUUGCCCCGCCGGUUUCUUGGUAACAAGAUUGAUUCCUACGGAGGAUCACUGAAGUACAAAGUGCGCUUCACAUUGGCCCGCGGUCUUUCUGAGCCGGUGGAGAAGCCCGAUGUGAUACUGGUCGGAAAUGGGCGUCGGCUUAUAUACCGCAGAGGGAGCGCCGCCCCUGCUGGUGUGGUCAACCAGCGAGAAAUCAAAUUCACUGAGGAAAACUGGCAACACUCGAGCGGACGGCAAGUCAGCCGGGAGGAGCUAAUGAUGACACUGGCGAAUUUGGACAGCAUCAGCCUCCGCACCAUCUAUGACAACCACAUGGUCAGCGUGGCCCUCAGUGAUAUCGUCAUGGAUACCACCACCGUGGAGUUCAGUACUCGGGGUCACGCGAAGGAUGUCGAGGAGUGCAGAUGUCCUCCUGGAUACACCGGCCUGUCCUGCGAAAUGUGCUCCUCUGGAUUUGAGCGUGUCGCCGGUGGCGCCUAUCUGGGCACCUGUGCUGGUUGUAACUGUCAUGGACAUGCCAGCGCCUGUGAUCCAAUCAGUGGACACUGUCUGAGCUGCCAGCAUAACACAGAAGGCCCUCAGUGUGACAAGUGUCGACUCGGUUACUUUGGCGACCCGAGACAAGGCCGAGCCGAUGACUGCAAGCCUUGCCCUUGUCCGUACUAUGAAACCUCUCGCCGGUUCUCUGACACCUGCUUCCUUGACUCUGACCAACAGCCAACAUGUGAUGCCUGCAAGCCCGGCUACACAGGAAGACGCUGUGAAAAAUGUGCUCCUGGUUUCCAGGGCAAUCCUCUUCUGCCAAAUGGAAAAUGCGUUCAUCACCAAACAAAGUGUGAUAACAGAGGAAGCAUCAGCUUGAGCGGCAUGCCAUGCAGCUGCAAGAACUACGUGGCAGGCGCUCAAUGUGAUGAGUGCAAGUCUGGCUUCUUCCACCUGUCUGAGAACAACCCUGAGGGUUGUCUGCGUUGUUUCUGCAUGGGUGUCACCAAACAGUGUGCCAGCUCUACUUGGAGUCGAGAUCAGGUACGAGGAGGAGUGAACGGGCAGCUUUUUACACUCACCAACAGCGGCAACACAAGAACUAUCAACGAGGGUAUCUCUCAGAGGGGGCCUUCAGAAGUUGUCUAUCGCUCCUUUUCCAGCAUCCCCAACGAUAUCUACUACUGGGUCGUGCCCGAGAGUUUCAAAGGAGAUAAGGUGACAGCCUAUGGUGGAGAGCUCCGCUACACAGUACAUUAUGAGCCAUUUCAGCGUUCCCUGGUGAUUGAUGGUCAGCCAGAUGUGGUUCUCCAGGGCAAUGGCAUUUCUCUACAACACUACUCCCAGACCAAGCCCCUGCCACGGGUGUCACAAACAGUCACUGUGACAUUCAGAGAGUCUGCGUGGCGCCGUGCAGACGGGCAGCCAUGCACAAGGGAACAUCUCCUCAUGGCCCUGGCCGAUGUUAGCGCCCUGCUCAUUCGGGCCACCUAUGCGGACAACAUGGCAGAGAGCAGGAUAUCAGAUAUUAAAAUGGAUAUUGCCGUUCCGCACUCAACUGGAAAUGAGCGUGCCCUUGAGGUAGAAGAAUGUGCAUGCCCUCAGGGGUACAGAGGACCGUCUUGCCAGGAGUGUGAAGAAGGUUACACUCGGACCAGCUCUGGUCUUUACCUAGGCACUUGUGAGAGGUGUGAUUGCAACGGCUAUGCCAGCAGAUGUGACCCGGAGACCGGCAAGUGUCUUCAAUGUCUACACAACACUGAUGGACAAAGGUGUGAACGGUGUCAGCCUGGUUACUAUGGAAACCCAGCCGCAGGAGCUGCCCAGGCAUGCCAGCGUUGCCCAUGUCCUGGAACAGCGCCAAACAACCAAUUCUCCUCAACCUGCUAUUUGGACCCUGAUGGUCAGCCAACAUGUGGUUGUCCCCCUGGAUACACCGGCCGACGCUGUGAGAGAUGUGCACAAGGAUACGCAGGCAACCCAUUGUUUGGACAGAGGUGUAUUUCUGGCAACAAUGAAGUUAAUGGUAACUGCUACAACUGCGAUCCAAGAGGAAGUGAAGGCUGCAAUGGCGGAUCUUGUCGUUGCAAAAUGAACGUUGACGGUCCAUCCUGUUCCACAUGCAAGCCUGGCACUUUCCAUCUUAGCCAGCAAAACAAAGAUGGCUGCCUCUCCUGUUUCUGUAUGGGUGUCACCCAGCUGUGCUCCAGCUCUAACUACUACAGAGACCUGGUGUCAUCAACAUUUUCUCCAGGGAACUUCCAGGGAUUCGCGCUGGUGAACCGUCAACGGACAAACCGGAUUACCACUGGUUUCACAGUGGAGGUUUCCACGGAGGGAACUCAACUAUCUUACAGCAACUUUGACUACCUUGGGCAGGAGCCCCACUACUGGCAGCUUCCUGGAAUCUUCCAGGGAGACAAGGUGGGUUCGUACGGUGGCAAACUGAAAUACACAAUCUCCUACGUGGCUGGUCCGAGAGGAACUCUACUUGAAGAUGCCGAUGUGCAAAUUAUUGGUAAUGACAUCACUCUGGUAGCUGGACAACGCUGGCAGAGAAGGCAGCAAGGCAGCAGAGAGACUCAACAAUUUGAGGUCAUCUUCACCGAGGAAUAUUGGCGUCGACCUGAUGGCAUGCCCGCCACACGAGAGCACUUGUUGAUGGUUCUGGCUGACCUGGAUGACAUCCUGAUCCGAGCUUCCUACAACACGGAGAUGCGCUCAUCCAGUAUCUCCGACAUCAGCAUGGAAGUGGCCGUGCCCAACUACAGCGGCCUGGCGCAGGCCCUGGAGGUGGAGCAGUGCCGCUGCCCACCUGGAUACCAGGGCCUUUCCUGCCAGGACUGUGCACCGGGAUAUACUCGUACCGGUGGAGGCUUAUACCUAGGCCACUGUGAGCUCUGCGAGUGCAACGGCCACUCAGACUCCUGCCACCCCGAGACUGGCAUCUGCACAAACUGCCUGCACAACACUCAGGGUGAGCUCUGUGAGCAGUGCGCCUCCGGGUUCUUUGGUGACCCCACUGUUGGCACACCAGAGGACUGCCAGCCCUGUGCCUGCCCUCAUACUGACCCGGACAACCAGUUCUCUCCCACCUGCGAGAGCCUGGGAAAUGGAGGCUAUCAGUGUACCGGCUGCCAGCCCGGUUACACGGGCCAAUACUGUGAGCGAUGCGCUCCUGGUUAUGUUGGCAACCCACAGGAAAGACAGAAGUGCCGUCCAUAUGAUGCUGCGGCGUCAUUGGUGGUGCGGGUGUAUCCAGAGAGGGUCCUGACAACCCAGGGAGGCUCGGUCACCCUGCGGUGUCAAGUGUCUGUUUCUUCUCCACACUACUUCUACUGGUCCAGAGAAGACGGGCGGCCCAUCUCAAGCAGUGCCGACCGACGCAGACAAGGAGCAGAACUGUACUUCUCCAAUGUCCAGCCAAGUGAUGCCGGUGUUUACAUCUGCACCUGCCGCGACCAGCGUAGCACCAACAGGAGCCGUGCUGAAAUUGUUGUCACAAGUAUCCCAACAAAAGCCAUCGAAGUGACAGUUGAGGAACCCAAAGCUCAAACGGUCAGGGUGGGGUCGACUGUAAACUUCAUCUGUACAGCAAAGAGCAAGUCACCAGCCUACACGCUGGUCUGGACCCGUCUGGGCAACGGGAAGCUUCCCAACCGGGCGAUGGACUUCAACGGAAUUCUGACCAUUCAGAACAUCCAGCCGGAGGACGCCGGGGUGUACGUCUGCACGGGCUCCAACAUGUUUGCUAUGGACGAGGGCAAUGCUGUCCUCUAUGUGCCAGAGGCCUCACAGACACAGAUGUUUUACACAGCCUAUGAAAUGUUUGAAGGACACAGAAAGCCUGCAGACGGGGCCCAGCCUGUCGCCACCAUCAAGCCCUCCACACUGACUGUGCAACAGGGACAGCGGGCCGAGUUUCGCUGCACAGUGACCGGCAACCCGAGCCCCGCCGUCGAAUGGAUCGGGGGUCCUGGGAACAGAAUGAGUCCCCGGGCAGUGAUAAGAGGCAACAUGUUGACCUUUACAGCGGUGGACCCGGCAGAUGAGGGGGACUACGCCUGCAAAGCUCUGAACACCCACGGCGAGCACACCGCGCGUGUUUCUCUAUUUGUCAAAAGGUCGAACCCCAACAGCCUUGGCACACAGCCCCAAGUUCAAGUCAGUCCUCAAAAUAUUGAUGCUCAUGAGGGCGACGCCUUGAGAUUGUACUGUCGCGCAUCAGGAUCGCCGACCCCGAAGCUCACCUGGCUCAAAAACGGGGGACAAAUCCCACCGCAGGCCAUACCCUCUCAUGGUUUCCAUCAGUUUAAAAGCAACAGUGUCGAUGUGUUGCACAGACGUAUUGAGGAGUUUCAGGCCAACAUGGACCGCACUGACAUCGGCACACUACUCAUCCCAGAUGUAAAAGUAUCGGACUCGGGCACGUACAUGUGCGUCGGCAGCAACAGUGUGGGCUCGAAUAGCGCACCCAUUAAAGUUUCGGUGCUGAAAGCGGAUCAAAGUUCCUCAGUUGUCAGAAUCCAGCCAUCAGAAGCAGACGUCCAUGAGGGUCACAACCUGUACCUCGAUUGUAUCCCCUCUGGAAAUCCUCCUCCCCGAGUCACUUGGACGAGAGCUAGCGGAAGGCUGUCGUCCAAUCACCAGGUUGUUGGGAGUCAGCUUCGUAUCCUGUCAGCGACCCCUGAAGACUCGGGAGAGUACAUCUGUCAAGUGCAGAGCGCUCCAGGAUCUCAAGUCCAUCGAGCCGCUGUCACUGUGUCGGUCAUUGCAUCUGCUUCACGUCUUCAAAGUCCAAUCAUCGCCAUCGAGCCUCACAGCGCUCCAGUACGUGUUGGUGAAUCGGCCAGCUUUAGGUGCAAAGUGUACAGCGGGGCCCAACCUGUCCGACUGGAGUGGAAGCUCACUGGAAACCAACCACUGCCCGACAAUGUCAAAGUUAGCCCUGAUGGUUCCGUGAUUAGCAUCACAAAUGCACAACCCGUGAAUCACGGCGCGUACCGUUGUGUGGCCAGCAACCCCUUUGGCAUCACCCACACUAUUGUGUCCUUGAUUGUGAAAGAGUCUCCCGUGGCAACUGUCACCCCUGUUGGGCCAGUGCACGUCAAGGUCGGCGAACCCAUUAACUUGGAGUGCCAGGCUUCAGGGGAGCCCCGCCCUUCUGUCUCAUGGCACCGAUUGGACAGCAACCGCAAGAUCAGAUUGAGCAGCCUCGUUCCCAUGGAGUCCAAUGCACUGAUGCAGAUCCUUGUGGCCCGUCCAGAAGAUAGCGGCACAUACGUGUGCGUCGCACGCAACAACGAAGGUAGCACGGAAACCAAGGUGGAAGUCGUCGUGCAGGGAGACUCCCAGCUGCCCUUUGUGCCUAGAGUCAUUGUUCCUGAGCCACUUAUGAUCGUGGUGGAAGGACAGACUGCAACCCUACGCUGUGAUGUCCACGGUUUCCCCGCCCCAACUAUUACGUGGUCCAAAUUGCGGUCCCCUCUGCCUUGGAGACAUAAGGUGGUGGACAACAACCUGGUGCUGCCUGACGUGGGACGCCAAGAUGCUGGGGAAUACAUCUGCAGUGCCGUCAACAACAUGGGCACCACUGAAGUUACCGUUACGCUGGAUGUGGAAACCCCUCCAUACGCUACUUCAGUGCCCGAUGACGUGGCAGUGCGUGUCGGGGAGGUGAUCCGGUUGCAGUGCCUGGCACAUGGCACUCCUCCGCUGACGUACAUUUGGACCAAACUGGACGGUGCGUUGCCCUCGAGGGCCCAGGUCAGCGACGGAGAUCUCCAGAUCAAUUUGGCCACCGCAGAGGAUGCGGGGAGCUACCAAUGCGUUGCCAGCAACAGAGUUGGCCACAGUGAAGUAGUGGCUAAAGUUACAGUCAGAUCGCCAUUGGCGGUGCGUGUGUCACCGCAAGUGGAGGUGAAGGCCCAGGGCAGCGCCGUCGAGUUCACGUGUUCAGCAGCCGGUGGGCUGGAAACCAAAAUUGAGUGGCUGAAAGAAGGAGGUGGCCUUCCGCCCAACCACCAUGUCAAGGACGGCGUGCUCAGGAUUGAAAACCUUGAACAAAGCAAUGAGGGUGUUUACAUCUGCAGAGCGAGCAGCGCUUAUGGUCAGGCUCAGGACGCAGCCAGGCUCACGAUCCAAGCACUGCCCAAGGUGAUGAUCAACGUGCGCACCUCGGUGCAAACCGUCAUGGUUGGGAACACGGUGGAGUUUGAGUGCCAAGCCGUCGGUGACCCCGAGCCCACCGUCAAGUGGAGCAAGCUAGGUGGGCCUCUGCCAACCCACAUCGUGGUGAUGGGUGGCAUGCUGAAGAUUGAGCGGGUGACGGAGGCGGACGCGGGACAGUAUCGUUGCACGGCCACCAAUGACGUCGGCUCGGUGCAGUCUCAGGUGGUCCUCAAUGUCCAGUCGCUUCCUCAAAUUUCUGCGCUCCCUGAAAGGAAGGAGGUGACGGUUGGAUCUGACGCCGUUUUGCCAUGCUUGGCAUCGGGAUAUCCUGUACCUGAGAUUAGAUGGUCCAAGCUCGAAGGUGAACUCCCACCAAAGUGCUUCCAGGAAGUAAAUGUUCUGACGGUUCCUCGGGUCACGCACAGCGAUUCCGGGACGUAUGUGUGCACCGCAUCCAACAAACAGGGCAAAGUAGAAGCCUUCACAAGACUGGACGUUCACGAGAGAGUGAUGCCGUACUUUGCCCAGGAGCCGUCAUCCUAUCUCACCCUGCCCACCAUCAAAAAUGCCUAUAAUGCUUUUAGCAUCAAAAUUAACUUUAGGCCCGACAAUGUUGACGGAAUGAUCCUUUACAACGGUCAGAGAAGGACUACAGGAGCAGACUUCAUUUCUCUCUGCCUCGUGGGUGGCCGUUUAGAGUUCAGAUUCGACGUGGGUUCGGGCAUGGCUACCAUUCGUGACCCCAGCCCGGUCAAACUGGGAGAGUUUCACACAGUCGAGCUGUAUCGCAACCUCACCCUCGGCUACAUUGCGGUGGAUGGAGGGGAGCCCGUCAACGGCAGCUCCCAGGGGAAGUUCAAAGGCUUGGAUUUGAACGAGGAGCUGCAUGUGGGUGGUUACCCCAACUACACUUCUCUGGCUAAAACUGCCGGCAUCAAGACCGGCUUUGUUGGUUGCAUUCGCCAGCUGGUCAUUCAAGGUGAGGAGGUCCUCUUCAAGGAUUUGGAUCCUAGCUCCACUGGUGUCACCAACUGUCCCACCUGCAAGGAUCGUCCUUGCCAGAACGGAGGCAUGUGCGAGGAUUCGGACACCAGCUUGUACACAUGCAGCUGCCCCAAGGGAUUCACAGGCAGCAACUGCCAGCACCACUCUUCCCUUCACUGCCACUCAGAUGCCUGCGGACCAGACGCUACUUGCGUUAAUCGGCAAAGCGGUCUGGGCUACGAUUGUCGCUGCCACCUUGGCAAGUUUGGAAACAAAUGCAUGGAUGGGGAACUGGUAACCACUCCGCUGUUCGACGGGGAGCAGUCGUACAUCUCCUACCCUCCCCUGACCAACGUCCAUGAUGACCUGCGGGUUGAACUGGAGUUCAAACCCAUCGAGAGAGACGGUCUGAUGUUCUUCUGCGGAGGGAAGAAGAUGAAAGUGGAGGACUUUGUGGCUCUCUCCAUGGCGGAUGGGCAUGUCGAGUUCAAAUAUGAGCUGGGCACAGGCCAGGCGAUCCUUCGCAGUCCAAAGCCGGUCUCUCUGGGCCAGUGGCACAGAGUUGUGGCCGAGCGGAACAAGCGAGACGGUCACCUUAGAGUUGACCGUGGUCCGGCGGAAAAGCGGACUUCUCCUGGAAAAGCCCAGGGCCUCAAUAUCCACACCCAGAUGUUCCUGGGCGGUGUCCCCAACAUGGAAAUCCUGCCCAAACCUGCAAAUGUCAGCGAGUUAUUUACGGGUUGCAUUGGAGAGGUCUUUAUCAACAACAAGAAGGUGGAUCUGUCCUACAGCUUUACAGAGAGUAGAGCAAUCCGCAAGUGUGUGGACGCGAGCCCUUGCGAUCGACGACCUUGCUUGAACGGAGGUCAUUGCAUGCCCAAUGCGGAGUACGAGUACCAGUGCUUGUGCAGGGAUGGAUUCGAAGGUGAGCGUUGCGAGAUCAUCAAAGACGUGUGCCACAGUGACUAUCAGUGUCAAAAUGGCGGCAGCUGCGUUGAUGGGCACUGUGCGUGCCACUCGGGAUUCACGGGCCUCAACUGUGAAGAAAGCAGCAGCUUCCCCGACACCGCUUGGAAUUCAGAAGCUAGCCAAGCUAAUGAUUCCCCCUACCAGUAUGCAGCUCAUUUUCAGAACGAUGGAUACAUUGCCCUUCCUAAAUCCAUAAUGCAACGAAGAGCGCAUGACUCGCCGGAAACCAUCGAAUUGGAGAUCAAUACCCUCUCCUCUAGGGGUCUGAUCCUGUGGCAAGGAGUUGAAACCAAUGGCACACUCGCUUUGCGAAAGAUGCAUGCUAGUAAAAAGGAACGAGGAGAAAAUGGCAAAGGCAAGGACUUUAUCAGUCUCGGAAUUCACAAUGGACACCUCAUUUUCAGUUACCAGCUGGGUAGCGGUGAAGCGAAGAUCAUGUCGCCCCAUUCCAUCAAUGACGGACAGUGGCAUAAAGUUAAGGCUUUCAGGUCUGGAAAGGACGGCUACAUCCAAAUAGAUGGCGGUUCUGUCCUACAUGGACAGUCCAAGGGAAAAAGCCUCAUGGUCAACACAAAGGGUCACCUUUACCUUGGCGGCGCUCCGGACGUGGCGGCCAUGACUGGAGGGAAGUUUUCUUCUGGAAUAACGGGGUGCGUGAGGAACCUGUCCCUGAUGAACGCCCGGUCAGAAGAUCCGCAGGGCCAGACCAUCGACCUGCAAGCCCACGCAGUUCACAGCGUCAACGUGCAGCCGUGCACAUCAUAGACCGUACACAACACGCACGUGCAAAGACAAACUCACAAAUACGUACACAUACAUGCAGUACACAGACAUGCAGUACACACAGACUGUGGAGAGAUGUUAUCUACACACUCGUACAAAGAGACUGACACGCGUAUGACCUUACACAAACUUGGUGCUUAGCUGCUACCAAAAAUCAGACGUAAAAAUAAGAGCUUGGUGUGGUGAAACCAAAACAAAUCAGAAAAACAUUAAUAUUUCUUUUCUUUCUCAUUUUUUUUUUUAAAUCUGGAAGAAAGAAAAUGUGCUGUUUACGUGAAGUACUUUGAGCAGUAGUUCUGGCCAUGAAAAAUCCCACGGAGUUGGAGAGAUUUUGACAGCACUGAAUUUUUAUUUAUAUGCGUAUGAAUCUAUAUUUGCGGGGGAAAACUUGCAAACUAACCAUAACUUUACUUCCUAGAAACCGUUUUGGCAUCUAACACUGCUUUAAAAGGAGGUUUUCACCAUUGUACUACUACGACUUGAUGAUGUCUAAGAUUUUCUUGGGUGUUUGGCGUGAGCGCGCCCGCUGUUGGGGACGAAGCACGUGCUCGGAGCGCAUCCGGCCGCACGCACUUUUCGGCACACAACUCAGGUCACCAACAACAACAAAAUCAUGAUCACUUUUUGACAUUAACUUUCCAGCACUUGUGUUUUCUUUUUUUUUUUUUUUGUUCUUUUAUGUGAAAAAGAAGACUUGGUGCUAAUUCAUGUCCGACGCUAGGAUACAGAGCAUAGCCACGUUACAUUUUUUUUUUUAAAGCAUAUCUGACCCAAGAUGGCUGAUGUAGCUGCAGUCUGCGACAUACAGCACAUGUGCCUUUUAACCAUUCAGUUCAUCCCAAUUUUGCUUUUUUAACAAAUCAAAAAAAAUGUUGACAUUGAUUCAAAAGAUUUUUUCUGGGGUUCCUGUAUUGUUGCCCUGAAAUGUUUUUUUUUUUUUUUUUUUGUGAGGCAAGUUCAGAAUGCUUUUCUAUUUACCGAAGUGGCGUUGUUUGAUUUCCCCGAUGAAAUUAUUCCUUGUUUGACGCCACAAACUUGUUUGAUUGAGUAGAUCUCAAAAGUGUGUUUUCAUAUUUUGUGUGUUGCUUUUGGAAGCCACUUGGGUACGUCUGAGCACGUCUUGAAAGUGUUCGUUAGCCCAGAGGUGCCUUGAGAUGUUUGUUUCCGGGAUGCUUUAAUGAAAUGUGUGCUUUUGAGGCAAACACCAAAAGUCAGUGUGUUCUUUGGAGUUGCUGUGACCUGUGUUGCUCCGAUCAGCAAUGCUCGCCCCCCCCCCCCCCCCCCCCUGCACCCUCUCCCACUUUUUUUUUUGUUAGGAACAACACAGUUUCUCUUUUUUUAUGAGCUUAAAAUGUUUAGAUGAGCACCAUCCUGUCAGUUAGCCCUGCUUUAUUCUUAUUUAUUUUACGACGCCUCCUUUCACUCUGCUGUUUUAGAGUUUUGUUUUUCCUUCCUGCAUUUCCCCCUAUAGAUGAAGCACAUCCCCCAAAUUUCCCCCAGGAAAGUUUUUCCCAUCACGAGGCUGAAACGUUCUGUUCUAAAAUUGCAGCAAAUUGACACCGUUUUCGUUUUAACGUGAAAACGGGAUUGGAGGUCGAGUCUCGGCUGUGUUCCGGUUUAGAAAGCUUGCAAGUCAAGUUCUGAAACUGGAUUUCAAUAUGUACAUGCAUUGUCAUGUGAGAUUUUUUUUUUCAAACCCAACAUUGGUUAUUGGUUUGAACUCUUUAUGAAAGGUGCACUUUUCAUCAUGAUUUGUUUUUUUGGCUUUGCCUUUUUUUAAACUCUGCACAGUGACAGAAGAUGGCUCAAUUGAACAAUAAAAAAAAGUAUAUUAUGUUACGAUCGAUUGUUGAAACAACGUGCCCUUACUCUUUGUGUUUCUUAAAUAAAAACAAAAUUCAUGUGCUAUUUCUAA